AUGAAUCGCUCUCCAUCGUAUGAUGGCCGUUCAGGCUCUCGUGGUAGUCACAGCAACAGCAGCGCAUUCAGCCCAAACGCCAACCCAAACGAGGACUGGACCAAGAUCUCUGACCUCGCAGAGCGUCGGCGCAUCCAAAAUCGUAUCGCCCAGCGCAACUAUCGUAAGGAAAAAAAACAAAGAGAGAAAUCCCAUCCUGAGGCUACAUUUCUGACUCGGCGCAACCCAACAGGCAAGAAACUGAAGCGCCGCUUGGAGGACCUCGAGAGACGAGCUGCAACUUCUGCUUCGCCAGAACAAUCACACGCAGAGCCGGUGUCUCCUAAGCCAUCGCCCAAGACUCGAACAAAGCGAUCCUCCAAAGUCACAGAUGUCAAGCCUCACUCGCAGUCAGACCGAGCUGCCUCGUACGACUACUAUUCCCCCGAGGACCGUCAAACCAUGUUCGCCCAGCAGUGCACUCGUCAGCUCUCUGCCUCGCCCCCACCAGUCUUCUCAUACCCAUCCAUGUCGUCAUAUGACACCUACCGGCAGUCUGCCUACGCCCAAUCCCCCAUCUACCACGCCGCACCGAGCCACUAUAGUGAAGUCGCCUAUCAGACCGAAUAUGGCGAGCCCGUCCCCUCGCUGGUCCCCGUGCUCCCAUCGAUGCAAUCCCGCAAACUCGCCUACGAUGAAGACCUGAUCAGUCCAUUCAGCAUGAGCUACGCAACAAUGGCCGGGAUCGACCUGUGCCAACAGCAAGCUCAAGCGCAGUCCCAUUCUCAACAUCAGCCUUCUGCGCUUCCGAUGCCAUCGCUUGCAUACUACGAGGACCAGCGAGCACCAUCGACGUCACCGGAGGCAUCUAUUUUCACAUUCCCACUCACACCGGAAUCAGGCCCAUGCUCGCCUCGUUCAAUGCAUGGCCUGUAUGAGUACGAUCUACGGCCGUAA